UCGAAAAAUGAAGACGAUUCUGUUGACGUUUCUGGGCAAACAUCCAAGAGGAUUCAGUGCCCAUUGAUGAUCGCAUAAUUUAUUGGCAAUUGCUUUCAGUGAGAGUUAAAGACUGUUUAUGUUGAAGUUAGGUUUAAUAAUUAUUGAAAAUGGUGAGGAAAUGCUGCAUCAGGGACUGCAAGAGCGAGUGGUGGCCUGGAACUGACCUCAGUUUCCAUAGCUUUCCAAAGAAGGAAGAGGCCCGGAAGAAAUGGCUGGAUGCAAUUCCCCCCGAGAAACUGAGAAACACUAAUCUGAAUUACUCGUCUGUCUGCAGUAAACAUUUCGACGAGAGCAGUUUCACAGAUUGCUUCAACACCAAUACUUUAAGAAAUUCCCUCAAGAAGGAUGCGGUUCCAACGUUAUUUGGAGAAGCUACAGAACCAGAGUUUGUUGACUUGGAAAUGCUGUCGGAGCCAUCAGACGACGAGCAUGAAGCUCCAGAGGAAAAUCUUUUCCCUGCGAGCAUGGACGUGGGUGUCCAAACGAUGAUGAACAAGCGCACCCUCGAGGACAUCGACGAGCUCAGGCGUCGGGAAAAAAACCUUCAUCAGCGUCUCAGGAGGGCAGAGCAGAGGAUCAACGAGUUGAAAAUAAUAGUCAAGUCGCACGUUGAGAGGACAGAUAUGGACGUGAUUGCAGAUGCCAUCCACAAGUACAUACCCGAGGAGAGGAGGGACCUCUUCCUCAACGAACUCGCUCACCACGUCUCUCCCUCCCUGAAGAAGAAGCACGAGUACUUCAUGAAGGACUUUGCCAUGACGAUGUACCUCUGCAGCAGAGAGGCUUAUGAAUGCUUGAGGGAGAAGAUCACACUUCCCCACCCAUCGACUAUCAGAAAAUGGGUGCACAAAAAGAAUAAGGAGGAGGAUUAGGAAGUAAGAUGGAUGAAAUGUGUAAGGUUCUCGCACAAAAUUCUUUGGGAAAAAAUUCUUUGGAAAAAAUUCCUUUAAAAAAUUCCUUUGGAAAGGUUUCCGCACAAACUUCUUUGGGAAAAAAUUCCUUCAAAAAAAUUUCUCCUUAAAGGUUCCCGCACAAAAUUCUUUUUGGGAAAAAAUUCUUUGGAAAAGAUUCCUUCAAAAAAAAUUCCUUCGGAAAGGUUCCAGCACAUAAUUCUCUGGGAAAAAAUAUUUCGGAAAAAAUUCUUUGGAAAAAAUUCCUUCAAAAAAAUUUCUCCUUAAAGGUUCCCGCACAAAAUUCUUUUUGGGAAAAAAUUCUUUGGAAAAGAUUCCUUCAAAAAAAAUUCCUUCGGAAAGGUUCCAGCACAUAAUUCUCUGGGAAAAAAUAUUUCGGAAAAAAUUCUUUGGAAAAAAUUCCUUCAAAAAAAUUUCUCCUUAAAGGUUCCCGCACAAAAUUCUUUUUGGGAAAAAAUUCUUUGGAAAAGAUUCCUUCAAAAAAAAUUCCUUCGGAAAGGUUCCAGCACAUAAUUCUCUGGGAAAAAAUAUUUCGGAAAAAAUUCUUUGGAAAAAAUUCCUUCAAAAAAAUUUCUCCUUAAAGGUUCCCGCACAAAAUUCUUUUUGGGAAAAAAUUCUUUGGAAAAGAUUCCUUCAAAAAAAAUUCCUUCGGAAAGGUUCCAGCACAUAAUUCUCUGGGAAAAAAUAUUUCGGAAAAAAUUCUUUGGAAAAAAUUCCUUCAAAAAAAAUUCCUUCGGAAAAGUUCCAGUACAUAAUUCUCUGGGAAAAAAUAUUUGGGAAAAAAUUCUUUGGAAAAAAUUCCUUAAAAAAAAAUUCCUCCGGAAAAGAUUCCUUCGGAAAUAAUUUUUUCAUGCAAUAUUUCCUCCUGUAAAAAUGCCUCAUGCAAUAAUUCUUUCCCAGAACCAUGGGUAAACUUGUUGUGGACAGCAUAAUCUCUCCGGAAAUUCCAUAGUUAACUAAAAAAAUAUUCAACCAAUAUAAAAAAAAAUAUUUCCAGUUUUUUUUUCUCAAAUUUUUUUUCCAC